CAAAAAUGGAAAGAAGUGGCCCAGGACUGCACAAAGGCAGUUGAACUUAAUCCCAGAUAUGUGAAAGCACUUUUUAGGCGUGCAAAAGCACAUGAGAAACUAGAUAACAAAAAAGAAUGUUUAGAAGAUGUUACUGCAGUUUGCAUUUUAGAGGGCUUUCAAAAUCAGCAAAGUAUGUUGCUAGCUGAUAAAGUUCUUAAACUUCUUGGGAAAGAAAAAGCCAAAGAGAAAUAUAAGAACCGGGAACCCUUGAUGCCUUCACCACAGUUUAUCAAAUCUUACUUCAGCUCUUUCACAGAUGACAUUAUAUCUCAGCCUCUUCUAAGGGAAGAGAAAUCUGAUGAAGAUAAAGAUAAAGAAGGAGAGGCCUCCAUAAUAAAAGAAAACUGUGGCUAUUUAAAGGCAAAGAAAUAUAUGGAGGAAGAAAACUAUGACAAAAUAAUUAGUGAGUGUACUAAAGAAAUUGAAGCUAAAGGAAAAUAUAUGGCAGAAGCCUUGCUGUUAAGAGCUACAUUCUAUUUACUUAUUGGUAAUGCAAAUGCUGCCAAACCUGAUUUGAAUCAGGUUAUUGUUAUGGAAGAUGCAAAUGUAAAGCUUCGUGCUAAUGCCCUCAUCAAACGAGGAAGUAUGUAUAUGCAGCAGCAACAGCCUUUACUCUCUACUCAAGACUUUAAUAUGGCUGCUGAUAUUGAUCCUCAGAACGCGGAUGUUUAUCAUCAUAGAGGACAGCUAAAAAUUUUGCUUGACCGUGUAGAAGAAGCUGUAGAAGAUUUUGAUGAAUGUAUCCGUUUGCGCCCAGAUUCUGCUUUGGCACAGGCACAGAAAUGUUUUGCUUUGUACCGUCAAGCCUAUACUGGAAAUAAUACUUCUCAAGUACAAGCAGCAAUGAAAGGUUUUGAGGAUGUUAUUAAGAAAUUUCCAAAGUGUGCUGAAGGUUAUGCAUUGUAUGCCCAGGCAUUAACAGACCAACAGCAGUUUGGCAAAGCUGACGAUAUGUAUGAUAAAUGUAUUGAUCUUGAGCCAGAUAAUGCUACUACCUACGUUCAUAAGGGGUAA